AGUUGUCUUUCUUCACUUCAUUCUUACACUUGCUUUCUUCUAUGCUGUCCUUCAUUAUCUUCUUCCUCCAACAAGAAUGUCAAUGAACCAUUUACCUCAAUUCUCAGAAAACAAUGGCUUCUCUGCAACAACUUCUCGCUCAACAAGGCUUUCAAACCUCCAAAAACUACAUCAAAACAUCCACAACAAUGAAGCUCCCACACAGUCAACAACCAGAGGAGUCAACAAUACCAGAGGAGUUCUACAUCUGCCAUGGUCCAAAAAGCUUGGAUUUCUCCAGGCAGACAAGUGAAAAUCCUAUCCUGCAUCAUGACCGUGACCGUGACCAUAACCAGUCCUUUCUGGAUGACUCCAAUUCUAACUCAUUGCUUAAAGAUGAUAUAAGGAGAGACGAGCCUGCAAUUGAUGAAGUUGCCAUCAAAGCAGUGAUUUCUAUUCUCACUGGCCAUAUUGGGAGGUACUGUAAAGAUGAAAGUUUCAGGAGAAUGAUCAGAGAAAAGUGCAAUGCUUGCUUGCUGAGAAGGAGAAAGGAAGCUGACAAUGGCGUCUUUGUAAAUAUGGCGAUGGGUAUUGAGAGCAUUGACAAAGUGGUUGAGGGAAAAGUUCUCAGGAAAGAACUGAGAACGAAACUGUUAAGGAAUUCAAUUAGGCUUUUGAGCAUUGUUGCCUCUUUGAAUUCAAGAAAAUCAAGAAGCUCUUCAACUUGUGGAGUCCUAAAUUCAAAUCUCUCAGUCUGUGCUCAGCUCUACUUAUCCAUAGUCUACAAGCUUCAGAAGAAUGACAGGCUUUCGUCGAGGCACUUGCUUCAAGUUUUCUGUGAUUUGCCAUUUUUGGCCCGGACCCACUUGCUUCCUGAUCUUUGGGAGCAUUUCUUUCUCCCCCAUCUUCUCCAUCUCAAGGUCUGGUACCUUAAAGAACUUGAAUUUCUUUCAAGCUCUGACUAUGGAGAGAAAGAAAAGAGAAUGAAAACUUUGAACAAGGUCUAUAAUGACCAAAUGGACAUGGGAACUUGUCAGUUUGCUUUGUACUACAAAGAAUGGCUCAAAGUAGGGGCUGCAGCACCAGCUGCUCCUGUUGUCCCUUUACCAUCAAGACCAAGUAGUAGAUCAUCAAGAAGGAGAUCAUCUGAUUCGUAUGCUUCUUCACAUUCAAUAAUCAACAAGAGUUUAUACCAAGCUGUUUUUGGACCCACGACUGAGAGUGGAUCCACAGAUUUUGAUAGUAGAAAUGGUGCCGCAAUCGAGGCAUGGGAGCAGGGAGAAGAGGAGAAAAUGUCUGCACAUGGAAAAGAAGGCUACAAGGACUUCAAUUAUGUCCAUGGGAACAAAACAAAGCCUCAAGGCAGAUCAAGAUCAAGCCAAAGUCUCAGAAACCCAAGACAUGUGUUGUGGCAAGAGAGACAGAAAUCAGAUUAUCUUAAGUUGUUUAUCUGCCAGAGUUUACCAACAGAAUGCUUGAUAAAUGGCAAUCAUGUAGUGAGGAGUAGUUCAGUAAGAAAAGAAGGAAACAAUCAUCUUCUUUCAACCGAGCUAACCAGAGCCAUUGCCACUCUUUGCUCCUCUGAUAAUCUAAGUGACUGUGAAAUUGCAGUUCGAGUCAUUACCAAAACUUGGCUGCAAUCACAUGGUGAUCCUGCCACUGAAACUACCUUUUCCAAAGCACCUAUCAUUGAGGGAAUGCUAGAGGUCUUAUUUGCUUCUAAUGAUGAUGAAAUUUUAGAACUAGCAAUAUCAAUUUUGGCUGAAUUUGUAUCGAGGAACAAGAGCAAUAAACAGAUAAUAUUGAAUUCAGAUCCACAGCUUGAAAUUUUUGUGAGGCUCUUGAGAAGUAGUAGUCUGUUUCUAAAGGCUGCUAUUCUUCUUUACCUGUUGAAACCCAAGGCAAAACAGAUGGUUUCAGCCGAAUUUGUACCACUCAUCCUCAGAGUUUUGGAGUUUGGUGAUCAAGUUCAAACCCUUUUCACAGUUAGGUGUAGUCCUAGAAGUGCAGCAUUUUACUUGCUAGAUCAACUCCUAACAGGUUUUGAUGAAGAUAUGAACUUAGAAAAUGCAUGUGAGGUUGUGUCUCUUGGGGGAUUGAGUCUGCUGCUAAGGAGCAUUGAGAUUGCAGAUGAUGUUCGUGAGAGGAACAAUGCUGCUUCCAUCAUCUGCUGUGCCAUUCGAGCCAAUCCAAACUGUAGAAAUUACUUAGCUGAUAAUGUGAACAAAGCUUCUCUUCUUGAACUCAUUGUUCUAGGGAACCAUAACAAGUACUCCACCAAGUUUGGUUUUGGUUUACUAACCGAGCUGCUCUGCCUCGACAGAAGAACGUGCAUCAUAAAAUUUUUAGAGGGAUUAAAAGAAGGAUGGGCAGGGUUAAACACAAUGCAUAUCUUCUUAGUUUAUCUCCAGAAUGCUUCAAAAGAAGAACAGCCAUUGGUGGCGGCAAUCUUGCUACAACUUGAUCUUCUGGGAGAUCCAUCCAAGUGCAGUGUAUAUAGAGAAGAAGCAAUCGAUGUGUUAAUAGCAGCACUUGAUUGUCAAAUAUGUGACGAGAAGGUUCAAGAACAAUCAGCAAGAGCUCUGAUGAUGUUGGGUGGUAGGUUUUCUUACACAGGAGAGACAACAACAGAGAAAUGGCUGCUAGAGCAAGCUGGUUUCUGGAAGAUCUCAGGCGAAUCAUUUCACUGCAAUGAGACUGAAGAGGAGGUUGCAGCUGAAAAUUGGCAAAGAAAAGCAGCAAGAACUCUGCUGAAUAGUGGAAAAGAAAAAUUAUUGGGUGCACUCGCAAAAUCGAUAGUGAACGGGACUCCUAAUCUAGCACAAGCAAGUCUGUUUACUGUUGCAUGGAUAAGCAACUACAUCAACUGGGUUAAUGAUGAGAAGCUUGGGUUUAUGGCAAGCUCAAUACUGGUGCCACAGCUGAUAGAAUCGUCUAAUUAUGACAGAGUUAUUGAGGAAAGAGUACUAGCAGCCUAUUCAUUGCAGAAUAUUGUGAAAUGUCCAGGUAUAUAUGAAUCGAUGUCUUUGCUCUCAUCACUGGACAAGGAGCUGCUAUUAUUUGAACCUCAACUUCUGCGGUGAAGAUCAAGACAAGAACCCCAUUUGUGUGGUUAAAAAAACAAAGGCAGGCAAAUUAUAUUAGUUGUGUGUUUAUAUACAUGUCUUAUAGUUGAAUUUAUUUUCAUUUAUAUUUUUGUACAGGCCAAGUAAAUGUAGGCUGAAUUUUUGCGUUUCAAAAUUGAGAUAACGGAAAUGUAAAAUCGUUUUUCUUUUGAGACUAAACACAAGGAGAGGUCGCUAUCCGAUAGAAGGAAACAAUUAUUUAUGGGUCGAGCAGACUGAUCUGUCUUCCACCAAAUUGUGCAAAUAUGUUGGUAUGGAGAAAGCUCACAUGGUUAAGAAUGGAGUAGAAAAAAUCUAUAUGAAGUUGUAGAGAAUAGAACAAGGAAGAAGUGAUUUUUAGUACUUUAUAUAUGUCUAAAGUUUUUGUAAAGAUUCAUCCAGUUGUAAAACAACCAAGUAGUGGACCAGCUGCAUAUGAGCCAGAUAAAA